AUGGGCUGUACGGAAUGGGUGGAGACAAACCAAAAGAACAAACCGCAAAGCAACGCCAUAGGUGCAGGAGUGUUAACGUUACUUGCCACUGGCAUGUACCAUGCCGGCACACUGUACGAUCCGGGUUACAAAAAUCAUGAAUGGACGUACGAUCGUUCGGAUACCGCUAUCCUAGUGACGCUGAUACUUUUCCACAUUGCGGCUAUUCUGGGCCUACUUACAGCAUGGUUCUUAAUCGAGCGCUACACCAAAAAACAAAUCAAUUUUGUGAUAAUGUCGUUCGUGAUAAUUGGCUGCACGGUAAGCAUCGCGCUGCCCCACAAUCUAAUAGGCAUUGUCUUUGCCCGAGGCCUAAUGGGGAUUGCACACGGUAUGGCAUAUCCGUUGGUGCUGAUACACGGAGGCGAAAUACUGAUCAAGGAGUUGCGUGGCGUUAUUAUGGCGGCGGUUAAUUUCUGCAUCAUUUCCGGUGUGCUGAUCGGUGGUGCUAUGAACACCGUGAGUUUGGAAAGCUUGGAACCGUAUCAGUUUCUAGGGAUUCUAGGACUAUCCUACAUGCUGAUCGCAUUCUUUCUCAAUCUGAUUGUUUGCUACGAAUCUCCUGUAUUUCUGCUACAACGUAAUCUUCAAUCGGACGCAACUCUUAGCAUGAUGAAGCUACGCAACGAAUCCACCGAGACGUGGGAAAUUCGGAAUGAAAUGACAGAGUUCAAAACGAUGCUCUCGGAAGAUGCGUCAACAUCGCGCUCGAUCUUUCGUGAUGGAAAUCUACGCCCGCUGGUACUUAUCGCGCUCGGGAAGAUCGCAUCCGUGCUCUCGUUCAACUACGCUGUCAACUCCAUUAAGGUGAACGUCAUCGAGGAAGUGCUGGAUAUCAACGACACCAAAGAGCGCCUUUCGAUCGUUAUAGUUACGUCGAUAAGAAUGUUUGUCGGACUGUGUGCCAUGUUUCUGGUCGAUGUGCUUGGCCGGCGUGCGUUACUGCUGGUGUCUACCGUAUCGACGGGUGUGAUACUGGUAGCGAUGGGUAUCGCCUACAUAGCAACCGAUUCCAUCACACCCGACAUAGCUAUGGCCAUUUUCUUGGCCUGUGAAGUGGGUGCUUCGCUGGGGCUCACCUUCAUCCCGGACGUACUCUGCUCGGAAGCGUUCAACACGAAGAAGAAAGCUCUCUCAAUUGUGGCGGUACAGGUGCUGGAGAAUGUACUUCAUGUGGCAGUGUUUGCAAUCGUCUACAAGUGGGACUUCGUGGUGUAUGAUCGAUAUGGUGGGACGCUACUUGUCGCUGGCUUACCUAUGCUGGUCAUUGCCUACAUGCUGUACCGGAAGCUGCCGGAAACGUCCAAGAUGUCAAUUCGGCAGGCAAGAAUUGAGUUUUACAAAAGGGAAGGUAUUGUUUUCGGUGGUAGUAAAAAUUCGGUUGAAGUACUUUAUGACUAAAUUUAGCAGUUGUG